CCGUAAAACGUCUGCUGAAAUUCUGGUUUUGCAUGCAGUUUGAGGACGUUUUAAAGCAACAGCAAGAUGAUGGUGGUGGUGUUUCGCGGGAAUAUCUCCGGAAACUGGUUGAUCCGAGGCUCGGUGAUGACUAUCCUCUGGAUUCAGUCCUCAAGAUGGCGCAGCUGGGGAGAGCCUGCACGCAGGAGAACCCGCAACUGAGACCGAGCAUGAGGUCGAUCGUUGUGGCGCUCAUGACGCUUUCUUCAUCCUCUUGCGAGGAUUGGGACUUCGGGUCCUUCUAUGAAAACCAAGCUCUCGUUAAUCUCAUGUCCGGAAGGUAACAAGCAGCUACAUCUUCUUCUUCUUCUUAUGUAUGUAUAUAGUUUCGUUAAUGGGGGCCGAAUAUGGAAAAUGGAGUGUGCCAACUGCCUGCCGGCGUAUGUACGAAUGGGCUCUUGCCAUCUGUACAGGUACAUAUACGGUGGGCUGUUGCUCUCGGUUUCUGGUUUUGAUUCGGCAAAGUCCCCACUUGUUUGUUGUAUUAUGGAAAGAUUUUUAUGCUGCUGAAUGCGUAGUUUUGUUUUCAUUCAAAGUCCAAUCGGGUAAUAGCUUGGUGUUCAAGCCAGUCGCUUUUG